AUGGGAGCUCCUGAGGACCGGGAAUUCCUCUUCUCAGACACGGCUUUUGAGGAGCCUGAGGACAGGGCUUUCCUCUUCUCAGAUAUGGCUGCGAUGGGUCUGGAGAAGGGUGAAGGGGAGGGGAGGAAGAUCAAUGGAGAGGAGGGGAAAGGAGAGGACGGGAAAGAAGAGGAGGGGAAAAGAGAGAAGGGGAAAGGAGAGGAGGGGAAAGGAGAGGAGGGGAAAGAAGAGGAGGGGAAAAGAGGGAAGGGGAAAGGAGAGGAGGGGAAAGGAGAGGAGGGGGAUGGAGAGGAGGGAACGACAGAAGGGUCUGUUUUCGUUGAAGAUCAAAGAAAUGUGGAGCAAGGAGGGCGUGCUGACCGUCCAAGCUUAGAAGUAGCUAAGGGAGGUGCAGGGGAAAGGGCAGAGGCAGGGGCAGAGGCAGGGGCAGGGGAAGGGGCAGGGGAAGAGGCAGAGGAAGAGGCAGGGGAAGAGGCAGGGGAAGAGGCAGGGGAAGAGGCAGGGGAAGAGGCAGGGGAAGAGGCGGUAGAAUCUGGGGCUGGGGAACGAUCAUCAGAGGGGGUUAUUCAGAGUGAAGAAGCUGUGAGAGACUCAGCGGCAGGGGAUGGUGAGGGGGAAGGAGCUGGGACCCUUGAUCCCUCCCUCUCUCCCCCUCUCUACAAAUCCAAUGUUGUAGGAAAUACGGAGAUUGGAGAGUCAGCUGCAGUGGAGGCUGGUCAGGAGGAAGGUGCGGGGAAGCUGCGCACGAGCAGUAGUGAAGUGAGAGCGUUGGCUGCGCUUGUAACAGAGUUGGCCUGUGGGCGGGGAGAGCAGCAGGGGGAGAGGCAGGUGCAGCAGCAAUGGGAGAGGCAGGCACAGCAGCAGGGGGGCAUGAGCGAGUUGACUCAAGAAUCGCUCGUAACAGAGUUGGCUCGUAGGUGGGGAGAGCAGCAGGGCGAGAUGAGGGAGGGAGAGGGUUUAAGGGAGGCAGAUAGUUCAGCGCAGGCGCAGCAGCAAGAGGGGAUAAGGGAGGUGGAUACUGCAGCGCAGGAGCAGCAGCAAGAGGGGAUGAGGGAGGAGCAGCAAGAGGGGAUGAGGGAGGAGCAGCAAGAGGGGAUGAGGGAGGAGCAGCAAGAGGGGAUGAGGGAGGAGCAGCAAGAGGAGGUGCAGAUGAAGAUGUUGGCAGUGGAGGCUCCUCUUCAGGUGCCGUUUCUGCCACCGUUCCAGGUGCCGUCUCAGGUGCCGUUUCAGGUGCUUGGUGAUGUUUCUUGGCCGGCCCUCCAGGCACCUGGUCAGCCGUCCGCUCCGCGUGACCCGGACGAGGGCAGCGGGGGGGACGGCGAGAGCGACGACGACUGGGAGGGCAUAGAGGCGUCAGAGGCGGAGGAUCGAUUCUCGGCGGCGGCAGCUUUGGUGACGACGAUGGCGGCUACUGGAAACCUGAGGAUUGGAGAGGGGCUGCAGCUGCUGCUGUACGGGCUGUAUAAGCAGGCGAGCGAUGGGCCGUGCGACACCAAACAGCCUGCCGUGUACAACUUCAAGGCGCGAGCCAAGUGGGACGCGUGGAAGAAGCUGGGGAGCAUGAGUCAGGACGAGGCAAUGGCGCAGUAUGUGGGGCUGGUGGAGCAGAUGAUUCCGAACCCCAAUGAGUCAGGACGAGGCGAUGGCGCAGUCUGUGGGGCUGGUGGAGUGGAGCAGAUGAUUCCGAACCACCAUGAGCGGGUGUGGGAAGGGCAGCGGGUGUGGGAAGGGCAGCGGGUGUGGGAAGGGCAGCGGGUGUGGGAAGGGCAGCGGGUGUGGGAAGGGCAGCGGGUGUGGGAAGGGCAGCGGGUGUGGGAAGGGCAGCGGGUGUGGGAAGGGCAGCGGGUGUGGGAAGGGCAGCGGGUGUGGGAAGGGCAGCGGGUGUGGGAAGGGCAGCGGGUGUGGGAAGGGCAGCGGGUGUGGGAAGGGCAGCAGGUGUGGGAAGGGCAGCGGGUGUGGGAAGGGCUUUCUCCUUCCGGUCCACACUCGCUUUCCCACAUCUUCCCCUCCCGUCCUGCCCCUCCUGCAUCCGUCCAGCUUCGCCUGCAUGCAUUGGCGAGUGCUGACGUGGAGGAAACGUCAGCAGUGGAGGAAUGGAUAAAGGAGCACCCAGAGGCUCUGGAACAGAGAGACGACGAAGGCCGGACGGCGCUGCACUGGGCGGCAGACAGAGGAAAGCUAGGCAUGACUCGGUGCUUGCUGGCUCAUGGUGCUGAUGUCAGCCAAACUGACGAUGAGGGUCAGACUCCCCUGCACUACGCUACAGUGUGCGAGCACGAAUCUAUUGCUGACCUUCUGCUUGAGAAUGGUGCCGAUCCAUGCCGCCCGGACAAUGAAGGCACGCGGCCCAAGGACAUCCGCCCGGCCUCUUGGUCUGCCCCGGCCUGGACCGGGCCAGGCUGA